ACAGUUCAACACCAAGCCGGUCCACCCUUGCAACUGCGCCAUGCCUUCCCCCUCCAACUCCCACUCUUCGUCCUCCAACUCCAGCGACCGCGACGAUGACGGCGGCGGUGGUGGAAACGGCCGCUCGUGGGCCGCGGCUGAGCGCGUCGCCUCGUAUCUCCGGAACCAUAAGUCGGUCCACGCCGUUUGCGAGAAGCUCGGCGUCGACACCAAGGCAUUCACCCCGAUCCCCGCCGGCGACCGACGCGCGUGCUCGCCCCCACCCGCUGGAUCCAUCUGCGUGUACGCGGACGCGCUGGAAGCCGGGAUGCGCGUCCCGCUCGACCCCUUCUUCUGCGAGCUGCUCUCGCACUUCGGUGUCGCCCCGAGCCAGCUCGCGCCCAAUUGCUGGCGCAUCAUGGCGGCCUUCCUCGCGCUCUCCCGCUCCGCCGGCGUGCACCCGCCAUCGGUCCCCGUUUUCCUGCACUUCUUCGCGCUGCGCGUGCUGAAGGUUAAGGGCCUCUACUGUUUCGCCCCGAAGGACACCGCUGGGAUAGAUCCAUCAACCUAUUCCAUGAUGCAGAACAUGCGGGCAGAGAAGGCAGCCGCCGAAGCGGCGGAAGCAGCCAAGGUCGCCGCGAAGAGUGAACCUGGCUGCAGCGCGUCGCCGGGCUGGACGCCGUUGUCCGGGAAGAAGAGGCCGGCGGAAGACAACACAAGGGAGGCCACUGGUCACGGGUCGGCGUCUGUCCCGCCCGGCUUCUCCACGCGCCAAAAACGAAAGCUGCAGCACGCACCGGACAGACAUGACGGCGACACGGUCGAGUGGGAGGCGGCGCGGCAGCUUCUGCAGGGCGUCAUCACGCCGGCGCGGGAGCGCGCGUUCUUGAUGGCGGAUCCCUUCAGCGUCAUCGCGACAAGCUACAUCGCGACGCUCCAGGCGGCGAACUACGCGACGUUCUCGUUGGGGCACGCACUGAAGCUCCAUGAGGAGCUGGAGAAGGCCAAGGCCGAGCUCGCGGAGGCGAAGAAGACGACGGAGGCCGAGCUGAAGAGCGCCAAGGAGGCGGCGGUGCAGGAGUUCCUGGGCUCCGAGGAGCACGAGCGCCGGCUGGUGGAGGAGGCGCUCAAGGGGUACGAGCGGGGCUUGGAGGACAUGAAGCGCGUCGCGCUGCGGCUCCGCCCUGACGUCGACGCGGCUCAGCUGUUCGUGCCUCCUGGCGGGUUUCAGUAGCUGUGCCGUUUUCAGCCAUAGUGAAACUUGUGUAAAAUUCUACAGUAGCUAGCAGGCUCCCUUCCACGAUUAGUUCAUCUUGAUCCACCUUGAUAUGGUGAUGAUCUGUUUUGAACCAAAUGGCCGUUCUGGUUCGUUCGGUUAGAGGUGGACAAGCCCUGAGGAAGUU